AUGGCGGGGGUUUUCGAUUCUGGUUCUGCGCUUCUCGCGUGGCUUCUCUUGGCAUCGCUGCUGGUGGCGAGUGUGACGGCGGAGCCGCCGGAGGAGGAGAAGCAAGCUCUCCUCUCUUUCCCCUCACAGGUCCAACAAGAGAAUCGUCUCCAAUGGAGCACCAACAAUUCCUCAGUUUGCAGCUGGGUUGGAAUCGAGUGCGACGGGAAUCAGUCCUCUAUCCACUCCCUCCGCCUCCUUGGUGUCGGGCUGGUGGGGUCGAUUCCGACAAACACGUUGGGAGGAGGAAGACGAUACAGAAUAGAUUUGGCCGACAGAGCUCUCUCUACUGUGAGAAAGAGGGGUGAGAUUAGUUCAUUAGUUAUUUAA